AUGGGUCGUAAAAAGUUUGAACUGAAAUACAUUGAAAAUAGCAUCGCAAGGCAUAUAUCGUUCUCCAAACGCCGAGCUGGUAUUUUCCAGAAGGCUGAUGCACUUGCAAAGCUGUGUAAUGUCGAAGUUGCUGUCUUGAUCAAUUCUCUCGCUGGACAACCAAACAUAUUUGGAUAUCCAUGCUUCGAGGGUGUGGUUAAGCGUUUGCAAAACCCUAAUGCUAGAAAGAGAUCUUCUUCAUCCUCAGUGAAGCAAGCUAGGAUUCUAAAAAGUCAAGCCAAACUCGACCGCCUCACCGAGGAAUUGAAACUUCAGAAACAACGUGAAAACGUUUUGAAGAAGGCGCAAAAAGAGAGGCUUGAAAAUUACGAUAUGAAGGAGAUUAUACAUCUAAAAUUGGAGGAUUUAAUGACCUUCAAGAAAAUGCUUGAAGAUCACCGAAAUAAUUUAAAGAGGAAACGUGCAGAGUUGGAGGCUUCGUCAUCUCUAUUGAUGCUCUCAAAGAGUCAGAAGAAUAAGAAGAGGAAGAUGGUUUCUCUUGAAAAGUUUUACUGA